AUGGGGAUGAGAGGUGUUGCUUAUCUAGUAUCUAAUGAGUUUCAAAACGCAGGGGAGAUCCGUCUUCUUAAUGAGCAGGCCUGGGCUGGCGAAACUGAAAUAUUUCCCGUCAGCAAAUCGCUCGACUCGUCUCUGAAGAAGAAUACGGCUUUUAUCAAACGCCUGCGCACUGGAAUUAAUGCCGCCGCUCAACAGACCUUGUUAACCGACAUCCGCACGUUGUCGCUCCACAAGUACCUUUCGGAGAUUAUAUCGGCAUGUUACGAGGGCCUCUGCAAACUCAAGUCGCCCGGAGAGAUCACUGCCGGUGUUGAAAUCACUAGCGCUCUGCAUCAGCGAUUCGGACCGGCGGAGUUCACCCGACAGAUUGGAUGGCUGCUCGGACGAGGCCUCAGUUCACCGGAUAAAAGCCAGUUGAAAGCUCUCAGCCAGGAACUGCGUGAGCGCGAAGAGAAAGAGAGACUAUCUCGCCACCGAGUGUUGCUGAAGGUUGUGACAGAAUUGUGGCUGGUCGGCGUACUGCGUACCCUUGACGAUGUUGAGCGACCGGAGGAUCUCGGAGCUAAGGGCAAAGAGGGUGCAGUUGGAUUGGGCAACAAAGUGGCCGAUGGAGUGUCGAGGAAUCGAAACGCGAACGGUGAUAAGGAGCCGGAACCGUUUCCGUUGGAGGUCCUGAAGGAUCUUCUUGGUCAUGACCGUGAUCAUUCCAAUUUGCCGCUGGCCGUGCUAUUUGCAAAGAGCUUUAGCUGGGAUAUUUUGGGCGCCAAGGCCGCUGAAGAGGGUCGGAAGACGGUUGAGGCCGACGGAGCGACGACUGCGCCUGCUGAAACCCAGAAUGGUGAUGAGGCGGACGCCGAGGAUGACGCGCCACUUACACCGGAGAAGGUCCAGUCUCGCUUUAAAAGUAUCCUGAACCGAUACUUGGAGGACGUCAAGGCGCAUGUCAUGCGCGACCAGAAGGCGCUCACCGCACAGAGCCGGCGCAAUGCAGAAGCCUACGUCAAGAGUGGUGAAAUAUUCGAAGACCGACAAGCCAACUUUGAGAGGCAGACCAAGUCGCUGGAGAAGUUGGUUGCGAACACGCAGAUCCUUUGCGAGAUCUUGGGUGUCGAAAUGCCAGCUUUGGCUGCGCAGGAAACUUCAGACCCUACAUCAAGCGGCGGGAUCGGUCUUGUGAAGACUUCAGAGUACCUCCGUGGACAAGGAGAAGGAGCUGGAAUCUGGGAGGACGAAGAGGAGCGACGCUUCUACGAGAAUCUUGUUGACCUGAAAGGCAAGGUCCCGGCUGUUCUCCUAGAUGAUGGGAAGAAGAAGAAGACUGAAACUGGCGAGCCGACCAAGAAGAAGGAAGGUGAAGCUGGCCCUGAAUCGAGUGAAAAAGGCGAGCCGCAGACACAGACCUCAGAGGAGAAGGCUGCCGAAGCUGAUGAUCUGUCUAUGGCCAUUGUGAGCAAGACUGUCGGAGCCCAGGUGGACGCGCUUCUGGCCAAGCUUCCUGAUUUGCAAACCAAAGACCAAGUCGACCAGAUGGCGCUAGAUUUCUGCUUUCUCAACUCCAAAGCCUCUAGGAACAGGCUUGUGAAGGCUAUCUCUGAUAUUCCGAAGGGCCGCAUUGACCUUCUGCCUUUGUACUCGCGUCUUGUUGCCACUCUUGGGCAAUAUAUGCCGGACAUCCCUCAAGGGUUAACGACUUAUCUCGACGAGGAGUUCCGCAGUCUCCAGCGCCGUAAGUCCAAGGAGUUCCUUGGCCAGGUGCGGAUGAGCAACAUCCGUUACCUUGCGGAGUUGACCAAGUUUGGAGUAGUCCCGGAGCACAUCAUUUUCCACUGCUUCAAGGUCUCUCUGGAUGACUUUUCCCGCAUGAACAUUGAAAUUAUCGGUCACCUUUUGGAGAAUUGCGGGCGAUACUUGUUUCGGAAUCCGGAUACGUCACCCCGGAUGGCAUCUUUCCUCGAGACACUGGGGAGAAAGAAGACAGUUCAGCACCUAGGCCAGCAGGAGCGCAUGAUCAUCGAAAAUGCUGUAUACUACGUCGACCCACCUCAACGGCCCGCUAUUCAACAAAAGGAGAGGACGCCCAUGGAGUCUUACAUCCGAAAGCUCAUCUAUUUAGAUAUGAACAAGCGGAACUACACCAGGGUACUGAAAGCAGUUCGCAAGCUUCACUGGGAAGAGGACGAGGUGGUCUAUAUUCUGGAGCGUGUUUUCAGCAAGCCGGCCAAAGUCAAGUAUGGCAAUAUCCAUCUGCUUGCAAUCCUUGUCGGCGCUCUCUACCGCUACCACCAAGGCUUUGUGAUUGGCAUUGUUGACAACAUUCUGGAAUAUAUCACGCUUGGUCUUGAGCAGAAUGAUUUCAAGUUCAACCAGAAGCGGAUCGCGGAGGUCAAGUACCUUGGAGAGCUGUACAACUAUAAGAUGAUUGACUCUCCUGUGAUCUUCGAUACGUUGUAUCGGAUUGUCACAUACGGUCACGAAGGCGGUACGCCGAUGCCAGGCAAGAUCAACGUGCUGGAUCUCCCAGACGACUUCUUCCGUAUACGUCUAAUCUGUCAGCUCCUGGAUACCUGCGGUCAUUGUUUCGACCGAGGAUCUGCAAAGAAGAAGCUAGACUUUUUCUUGAAGUUCUUCCAAUACUACAUUUGCACAAAAGACCCACUGCCUAUGGACAUCGACUUUCUCGUCCAAGACACGUUCUCUCUGACCCGUCCGCAAUGGACUCUAAUUACCGACCUCGACGAGGCUAGCCGCAUCUUCGGCGAGGCAGUGGCCCAGAACUUCAAGCCGCAAGAAGAGAAGCCCGAACCUGAGGAGGAAUCCGAGGACAGCGCGUCGGACGACGACUUGGAGGAAGACGCCAUUCCAGAGGCUGAGGAUGAAGGAGAGGAGAGUGACGAGGUGGAUGUGUCCCCACACGUCGAGCACAACGACGACAGUGAGUCUGAGGAAGAACAGAUCUUCGUCACGCGUCAAGAGGAGGAGCGAGACCCCGAGGCUGAAGCCGAGUUCGAACGUGAAUUCGAGAAAAUGAUGGCGGAGAGCGUUGAAUCCCGGAAAUUCGAGCGCAAGGCUGUAUUUGAUAUUCCUCUACCAAUGCGGCGCGCUGCUCGUGACACUGCUGCCGAAAUCCCAGCCCCAGCCCCAGCCCCAGCUUUAACCCCAGCCUCGGCCCCAGCACCUGUUCCCUCCACUCAGCCGUCCGGCAAUACAAUGGCGUUCUCCCUUAUGACCAAGAAAGGCAACAAGCAGCAGACUCGCACCAUCGAUUUGCCGUCCGACUCAACUUUUGCCGUUGCCAUGAGAAGCCAGCAGCAAGCUGAUAGGGAGGAGCAGCAGCGGAUCAAGAACCUCGUUCUGAACUACGAGAUGACCAACGAGACUGACAGCGCCGAAGAAACUGUUGAGAAACGUUCGCCAGCUAGAAUGGACAAAUCGAGCGCGAACCGUUUGGCUUUCCGUUCCCGCAAGCUACAGCUCAGUGAUGUGAAUUGGUAG